UAAAAAGUACAGUAAAAAAGUGUAAGUAGAAUGAACAGACGUCUAAUUCUAAUUGCAUGAAUAUCGUUGCAUCGAUCGCAUCGAUUUAUUGCAAACUUCAGAUGUUUAAAGUAUUUAAACGGAGAUAAAAUAAAUAAUAUAUAAUUAAUAAAACUGAAAUUAUAUAAAGUUUGUGAUGUGUCCUAUGGAAAUCACGUGAUUUCGUCACCAUUACAUGUCCUGUCCCUGUCAAGGCGCAACACUUCACACGUCACAACAUCUUUAGUACAGCCCAUCUCUUUAUGACCCACAUGUGGCAUUGAGUUUGAUCGUUAUUGCAAAAUAGCGUCAAGAUUCGUUAAAAAAAACUAUUCGAAAAAGUGUAAUUACGUUUCAAGAAAUUUCGAGAAACGUUCUUCGUAAGUUCUCGAAAUUUUUAAGAUGGGAGUCCCAUCAUCUGCAAUUACAGAAAUCAAGAGGUUAAGUGAAAUUCCUUUUUUAAAAGAUCAAAAAGAGGAAUAUGGACAGAAGAAUGUACUUCUAAAUUCACAAUGCAAUCAAAAAAUUAAUUCAAAUCGAAUUUUCAAGUCGUUUGUAGAGUCUAAAGUUUAUGCAGAUGUAAAGAACACAGUUCAUGCUUCGCGUUCAAAUCCUCAUUUAUUCAAGGACUUGGAAAGGGCACGUGUAAAAUCUCAAUUAAUUCCCAUAAAUGUUCAUGUCAAUCCAAACUUUAAAGCGCAAAAUCCAACUGUACAUAUCAAUCCAAAUGUUUAUGCUAAACCUUUAAUACAUAUUAAUCCGAAAGUAAUGCACAAUAUUGCUAGUUUAAAUCAAAAUAAGCCAAAUAAUAUAAACACAACAAAUGCGAAUAUAGCGAAAGCUAGCAUAAGUAACAAUAAUAAGUUACCUGAUAUUAAAAGAGCUAUAUAUGUUAAUCCAACAUUGUUGAAGAAAUUGUCUUCCUCUAAAGAAAAAUUGGCAGAAUCUAAAUCAAUUUCUAAAGAAUUAAUUUCUAAAGAAUUAGUCACAACAGAGCGACCAGUUUGUUCAAGACUAAAGCCUGUGAAAAAUACUGACAAUCAAAAGAUUUCUACAAAGAGGACUGGUAAUUCUAGUUUUGUGAUUUUGUCACGUAGAAAGCUCGUGAGAGUACUUCGUUCUCCAAAAAUUGUGUCAAAAAGUUCUCUAUUAUCUCAAUACAAGUUAUCAAAAUCUCCAGACUUAAUAGGAAAAAAAGUUGAUAAAACAAGAUUACAAAUGAGAAUUUCAUUAGCAAAUAAUGCAUUACAAUCUACAAGUAAAUCUAAUUUAUCAAAAUUAUGUAUCAACAAAGCUAAUAAUAAUUCUAAAGUAACCAAGUAUAAGAUUGACAGAACUACAUUAAAAGUUAAAAAAACCGAUCUUUCAAAAAAGAAAAAGAUAGAAGGAGAAAAAGACACAGAAAAGAAACUUGUUACUAUCGGUGGUAUUGUGUAUAAAGCUUCUAAAAAUAAAUUAAUACGGAAGAAUUCUUCAUUAAAACGAAAACGAUCAUUUAAUGGGAAAAACGAUAAACUUAUUUAUGACAAGAAACAACGAAUCAGCAAAGAAACUGUAAAUUGUACAUUAGGAGCAAACAUCAGUAGUAAAACACAAUUUACCUUCAACGUAUUAUUGAAAGCCACUUACAAAAAUAGUAUCAGCAACAAAGCAAAACAAAGAAGCAUACGAAUUUUACGAAAUAAAAUGCACAAGAAUAAUCAGCCAUGUUUAAUUUUUCAACGAUUCGGAUCUUGUCCAAACCAUGAAAAAGGAAAAUGCCCCAAACGACAUGAUAAAAAACAAGUGUCACUCUGCAAAAAAUUUCUGCAAGGAAAGUGUUUUGUAGACAAAUGUUCUCUAUCACAUGAUGUCGGACCUGAAAAGAUGCCUACAUGCAAGUACUUCCUCGACGGCUGCUGCACAAGAGACGACUGUCCUUAUCUUCAUGUUAAAGUAUCUUCAAAUACUUCAAUCUGCAUAGAUUUUUUACAAGGAUAUUGCGCUAAAGGAACCAAGUGUCAACGACGUCACGAGUAUCUUUGUCCAGAAUUUAACAAGUCCGGAAACUGCAGCAAAGGUGAGUCUUGUCCUUAUCCUCAUAAAUCGCAUUUACUUGAUUCCGAAAAAAGUACUAAAUACUCGAGCAAAAUGCACAAUGUGAAAAAGACCAUGCUUACAACAAAGAAUGAUUCUGAGAUGUCCAAUAUGGAAAGCAGAUUAAGAUAUUAUGAAAUAAAUGACGAUUUAACUGAACAUCUUGAGAAAAAGAAAAGAACUUCAAUUACCGAUUGUACAAAACAAAUUCAAAUUAAGGAAAUGGAAAAGUCAUUAGUCGAGGAAGGUGAAUGUAUAUCAGAUAAGACAACUUGCCGGUCUAAUAAUAAUAAAAAAAAGCGGGUUUCUACAGGCAGUUAUAUCCCUAUUGAUUUAUCUUAAUAUUUAUACAUAUUUUUAGAAUAAAUAAUUUUUUAAAU